AUGACGUCGUACAACCAGCAGACCGGCCACAGCUAUCAGCCCUACUCGAACGGCUACAACUACAAACCCAACGGCGGUUACAACCAAAAUAAACCCUUCGGCCAGUCCAAUAAUUACAACCGCAACGGCGGCGGCGGCGGCUACCAGAACAACAAUUACAACCGCAACACCCCGCAACGAUUCGCCGAAAACUCCACCCUACGCCAAGUCGAAUGGGACAACAAAACGCUGAGCGAGUUCAAGCGCUAUUGCUACGUGCCCCAUCCGAACGUGGCCGGCCGGUCGGUGUUCGAAGUCGACCAAUACCGCAAAUCGAAAGAGAUUUCCGUAGAAGGCGAGGCGCCGAAUCCCAUACAGAACUUCGACGAGGCCAAUUUCCCCGAAUACAUCCUGAGCGAGAUCGUGAGCAAGGGCUACGAAGUACCCACUCCGAUCCAAUCGCAAGGCUGGCCGAUUGCCAUGAGCGGACACGAUAUGGUCGGUAUAGCUCACACCGGUUCCGGUAAAACUCUCGCCUAUAUCCUACCGGCUGCUAUACACAUUAACAACCAACCGGCGUUGAGUCGAGGCGACGGGCCGAUUGCCCUCGUGCUGGCCCCCACGCGGGAGCUCGCCCAACAGAUACAGGUCGUUGCGAACGACUUCGGUCGCUCCACGCAGAUCCGCAACACUUGCGUGUUCGGCGGGGCGCCGAAGAAUCCGCAGGCUCGCGAUCUGCAAAAGGGCAUCGAGAUUUGCAUCGCGACGCCCGGUCGGUUGAUCGAUUUCCUCGAAAAAGGUACCACCAACUUGGAACGGUGCACUUACUUGGUGCUCGACGAGGCCGAUAGGAUGCUCGAUAUGGGCUUCGAACCGCAAAUUCGCAAGAUUCUUAGUCAAGUGAGACCGGACAGGCAGACGUUGAUGUGGUCGGCGACGUGGCCGAAGGAAGUGAAAAAAUUGGCGGUAGAUUUCCUGAGGAAUCCCGUGCAUUUGAACGUCGGCUCGAAAAAUUUGGCCGCCAAUAACAAUAUCGUACAAUUCGUCGAGAUUGUCCAGGAGCACGAAAAGGAAACGAGAUUAAACACUCUGCUGUCCGAUAUCGGUACGAACGCCGAGCCCGGUUCGAAGGUGAUCAUAUUCGUGGAAACGAAAAAGAAAGUGGAAGGUAUCGCGAAGUCGAUAAGGAGGAUCGGUUGGCCGGCUCUCUCAAUUCAUGGUGACAAAAGCCAACAGGAGCGUGACCAUGUAUUGAGAGAAUUUAGAAACGGAAAAUCGACCAUACUGGUCGCUACCGACGUGGCCGCCAGGGGGCUAGAUGUCGAAGGAAUAAAGUAUGUUAUAAAUUUCGAUUAUCCCCAUUCUUCUGAAGACUACAUCCACAGGAUCGGCAGAACUGGCCGAUCGGACACGGUCGGUACAUCAUACGCAUUUUUCACACCUGCCAAUUUCAAGCAAGCCAAAAACUUGGUCUCCAUCCUGAACGAAACUAAACAGUUCGUGAAUCCAAAAUUACAAGAAAUCGCUGCAAAAACGAAUAAUUUCGGCAAAGGGAAUUCCAGAUGGGACAAUAGUUCGGGGGGUUAUAAUAAGGCUGGUGGAUUCAACAAGGGGUUCAAAAAAUUUGGAAUGCCGAAUAUGUACUCAAAAGGAUUCAGUAACGGUAUGUAA